GAGAGAGAGAGGGGAGGGAAAAGAGAGAGAGAGAGAGAGGGGGACCCGCUUCUUGUCAUCUCCACCCCCUCCUUUUUUUUUUUUUGUCCACCUCACCGGGGGCACGCCGCUGCCCCUUCCACGCCGACGACAGUGAGGAUUUCUCGGCGUAUGCCACACACAUGCGAUCGGACCCCCGUGGAAAGUCCACUAUCCUUCCCCCUCCAAAGCGCGCGCUUUUUUACGCAUGGGUCCGCUGCAGCACCUGGCUGGAAGAUUUUUUUUUUUUUCCUUCUUAAUAACCAAGACAUAGAAGUUUAGAGGCUUGCAGAAGUUUUGAUCCACGGCCACGGACUCUACGCACCUGCACACGGACGCGUUUUUUUUUUUAGAGUGUUUUUUUUUUUUUCAUUUCUUUUAACGCGGCUGCACCAUCGAGGCGAGACGGCGACCUCAGUCGAUUACCUUUCUUUGCUCUGCUAUCCCAUGGAUAUUCACUGCAAGGCGGACCCCUUCUCGGCCAUGCACCGGCAUGGCGGCGUGAACCAGCUGGGUGGGGUGUUUGUGAACGGCAGACCCCUGCCGGACGUGGUGCGGCAACGGAUCGUGGAGCUGGCCCACCAAGGGGUCCGGCCCUGUGACAUCUCCAGGCAGCUGCGGGUCAGUCACGGCUGCGUCAGCAAAAUUCUCGGCAGGUACUACGAAACGGGCAGUAUUAAACCGGGAGUCAUCGGUGGCUCCAAACCAAAGGUCGCCACCCCGAAAGUGGUCGAUAAGAUUGCGGAGUACAAGCGCCAGAACCCGACCAUGUUCGCCUGGGAGAUCCGGGACCGGCUACUGGCGGAGGGGGUGUGCGACAAUGACACGGUGCCCAGCGUGUCGUCCAUCAACAGGAUUAUACGCACCAAAGUCCAGCAGCAGUUCCACCCGUCUCCCGACGGAUCCAUCACGCCGCUCUCCACGCCGGGACACACCAUAGGUGAGCUGCGGGAGGGUAACUGUAAAGACCAAACCGAGUCCGUGUUAAUAUUAACCCAAGUUUGUCCAUCAGUACCCAGCACAGCGUCCCCGCCUGUGACCAGCGCCUCCAAUGACCCCGUAGGGUCCUACUCCAUCAACGGCAUCUUGGGUAUCCCCCGCUCCAACGGCGAGAAAAGGAAACGAGACGAUGUUAUCUGGACCGGCAACCACUUGGACGGGAGAAAAAUCGGACAUUGUGGCUCAGACGGUUCGAUCCCAGGCAGCGAUUCUCAGGGCAGCGUGGAGAGUUUAAGGAAACACCUGCGGGCGGACGCCUUCACCCAGCAGCAGUUGGAGGCCCUGGACCGCGUGUUUGAGCGCCCGUCCUACCCGGAUGUCUUCCCCACCUCCGAACACAUCAAACCCGAGCAGGCGAAUGAGUACUCCCUCCCGUCCCUAAACAACGGCCUGGAAGACGUGAAGCCGAGCCUCUCCAGCAGCGGCAGUUCCGACCUGGCCUCGAGCGUUUCCCAGAGCUACUCGGUUGUGACAGACUCUCACCCAUCCUAUCCACCCUCCAUGUGCGUAAAGCGGGAGCCCCAUGAGGCGUCCUUUGCCCCCGUCACCCCCUCCUCUGUCGGGGACUGGGCUCUAGCUGACAUCUUGUCCCACCCGUCGAGCCUCUCUGUAGACGCCUCCACUCCAGGCCACACUGCCCACGGCCCUUGCUACAGCCACUAUGCCGGCCAGCAAUUUAUAGCAGGUCGAGAUAUGGCCAGCACCACCUUACCGGGCUACCCGCCUCAUGUACCCCCCACGGGACAAGGCAGCUACCCCACAUCCACACUCGCUGGAAUGGUUCCAGGAGGGGACUUUUCUGGAAACCCUUAUUCUCAUCCACAAUACACCACUUAUAACGAAGCAUGGCGGUUCAGCAAUCCAGCAUUACUAAGUUCCCCUUAUUAUUAUAGUGCCGCGUCCCGUGGCUCCGCACCUUCCGCCGCUGCCGCUGCCUACGACCGCCACUAGUUACCAUGGAGACCGGCUCAACCUGCAAGGCCAGGGCUUCGGCCUCCGUAUCGUCCCUGUCUGAGGAAAACACUUGAGGUCAAAGGGAAUUGCGAGGAGGGAUUUCCAAAAAGAAGAAAAAAAAGCCACCGGGGUCACGCGCUUCACCUUAGCGGAAGGAUGGCACAGUCGAUGCCGAUGCACCGAGCGCAGCUUCACACUUUUGGACCAUCAGAGGCACACAGCCGUCACACCCUCACCAUUUCCACACGCCUGAACAUUUCCAGAAUGACUUUGAAGAGAUUAUAUAAAUAUAUAUAUUAUGAAAUAUACACUGAAAAAGAGUGAAGAUUCCAUGCAGAAAAAACAUGUUGUGGGCUUUUUUUUUUUUUUGCCUCUUUGUUGCUGUUGUUCUUUUUACACAUGCACCCUCACAUUCCUUUGCAUUACAAACCGCAGUUUUGUUUUCUGCUCGCAAAAUAAAUAGGAACCCGGCAGGCAAAAGACAUUGAAACAGCAUUGAGAACUUGUUGAAUUAAGGUCCUGACGUCGAGCAACUCAAACAUAACGUUGAAACAACAUGCUUUUUGACGACGUUUAAUCAAUGUUGGGUUCUGACUUUGGUUUGACCAUUGAAAUUUGGUCAUUUCCCAACCAAUAUUCCACAACACAAAUACAAUGUUGAAACAACAUGCUUUUUGACGACGUUUAAUCAAUGUUGGGUUCUGACUUUGGUUUGACCAUUGAAAUUUGGUCAUUUCCCAACCAAUAUUCCACAACACAAAUACAAUGUUGAAACAACAUGCUUUUUGACAACGUUUAAUCAAUGUUGGGUCCUGACUUUGGUUUGACCAUUGAAUUUUGGUCAUUUCCUAACCAAUAUUCUACAACACAAAUACAACAUUGAAACAACAUGCUUUUUGGCGACGUUUCUUCAAUGUCGGGUUGUGACGUUGAUUUGACCAUUGAAUUUUGGUCAUUUCCCAAC